AUGAAUCUCAAUUCGCGCAGCCGCAGCAGUUCGCGGUCGCCUGAGCGAUCGCGACGUAGACGAUGUGGUUCUCCCGGAUUAUCUUCGCGAGAUGGAUCACGGCCCAGAUCUCGAUCACGACGGGGAUCAUCAAGUACUUCCAAAAGCCGUGGUCGAAGUCGUGAUUGUCGAGAGAAUGCCAAUAGAAGUAUGGAAGCGAGUCCUGAAAGUCGUUCUCGUAGCCACUCACCUUCACCGUCUAAUGGCGCAGGUGACGACAGCUCUUCUUCACACCAUGGUCGUGGUCGUUCAUCUAAUUCCAGAAGCCAAAGUGAUAGUGAUCAAGGAAGUAGGAGCCGGUCACGUUCUCCUGACUUCGACAGAAAUGAGGCGUUACGAGAUUCUUGGGCAGCAGUGAGAAAGCAACCUGACAAUUUCGAUGGAUGGAUUAUACUUCUUACUCAAGCGGAUCAGUGUGAUGAUCUAAAACUGGCACGUGAAGUAUACAACCGAUUCCUCAACAAGUAUCCAUAUUGUUACGGAUUUUGGAAGAAGUAUGCUGAUAUGGAACGCCGUCAUCAAAACUUCUCCGAUGCACUAAGUGUGUGGGAACGUGGUAUACUUGCCAUACCCUUGUCAAUUGAUUUAUGGCUUGGUUUUUUGUCGUUUAUGAGAGAGCUGGCUCCCCAAUCCGACAGAGGAGUUGAGAAAUUGAGGGAGCUAUACGACAGAGCACUAUCGAUGGCUGGCUAUGAAUUUCAUAGCGAUCGUCUUUGGCAGGAUUACAUUGCGUGGGAAGAAGCUCAAAGGGAAUGGCGACGGGUAGCAGAUAUAUACGAUCGCUUGAUACGUAUUCCCACAGCUAUGUACAAGAGUCAUAUGGAGAGAUUCGAAGCAAUAGUCAACAUGUGCAACCCUCUCGAUUUGGUCUCAGAUGAGGAGCUCAAAGACAUAUUCGAUGUGGUUAGACGCAAAUGCGACGUUGGGAUCGAUCAGAUCCUCAUAGUAGAAACUACGGAUGUUGAUGCAGCAGAGUCAGCUGACAGCUCGGAGGAUGGAAAACCAAAAAAAGUUGUUCGAAAAAGUAUUCAUCCAGAGGCUCUUCCACAUUUUCGAGCUGAAAUUCUAGCUCAACGCUAUCGAUGGCAUAAAGAGACAGAAGCUAUGAUCAUUGCACGUAUGCCAUUUGAAGAACAGAUAAAAAGGCCUUACUUUCACGUUAAACCUCUCGAAGCUGAACAGUUGAAGAAUUGGCGCCUCUAUCUCGACUUUGAAAUUGCUGAAGGGAACGAAACCAGAAUUACUGUAUUAUUUGAACGAUGUCUCAUUGCAUGUGCAAUGUACGAUCAGUUUUGGACCAAGUAUGCCCGCUGGACUCUUAAACAACGUGGAUCCGAUGCAGCACGUGGAGUUUACCGCCGUGCUCAACAACACAUUCCCGGCAACGUCCGUCUCGCACUGGCCUUUUCAGCAUUCGAGGAAUCUCUCGGGAAUUACUCCGAUGCCGGUUCCAUACUCAGUUCAUUUCGCCGAAAACAUCCAGGUUAUGCUGCGGUUGAACUACGCAUUAUUGGGAUGAUGAGAAGGCGAGCAGAUGCUGAAAGGAGUCCUGAUUAUUCUGGUGUUAUCAGCAAGUUUGAACGAUUAAUACAUUCACCCGACACUCCACGUCAUCUCAGCAGCUACUAUUCGAUAAAAUUAGCCAGGUUUCACCUGAAAACUCGUAAUGAUCGUCGAUUAGCCGAAAAAAUUAUUCGAAGGGCUCUUGAACGCGACAGAGACAACAUUCAACUCUUGCUCCAGUUGAUCGAUAUUGCCUUUACAAAUCCGGAUUUCUCGCAGUCAGCAGUGAUCGAAGCGUUUGAUUUUGCCAUAAAAUCGAACAUACCGGAUGCAGAAAAGCUGCAAUUCAGCCAGAGAAAGUUGGAUUUUCUGGAAGAUUUGUCUUAUGACAUUGAUGUCUUGCAAGAACAUCAGGAUGCCCAUGUGACUUUGCUAGGUGAACUCGAAAAUCCCCCCACGACAACGAGAAAACGAAGACACGACACUCGGACUGAUUCAAAAUACUAUGGUGAUAGAGAUCAUGAGUCAUCGCGUCGCAGUAGUCGGUACUCAGAUCAUCGUGACUCACGAAAUUCAUACCUUGACAGCCAUCGUGGAGUGAAGGACACUACGGGAUAUUGCGUGUCCUCAAAUGCAUAUCAACCGAUUCAACCAGUCUAUUAUGGUAAUCAAGGCUACCAACAGUGA